AUGCUCGGAUGUGCCGAAACAAACUCUUAUCGGAAUCACACGCCACUACUUCGAUUCACAAGAGCCCAAUUUGGCUUGAAGAGCUUCGGAGCACGGGACAUAGCCGGGAUCAAGCCGCUGGACCUCCUCCGAUACGCUCGACGAACACGACGGACGAAUCGCAAGUUUCUACCUUGGGAGCGUCACAGCAACCAGACGGGCUCGCUUCUUCCGCACGCAUCACCGUCGGCUGCCUCCUGA